AUGUACGCCCCCAAGGUAGGCGACACCAUCGCCUCGCUCGACACACCGUCCAUGAUCGUCGACCUAGACCUCAUGGAAGCCAACAUCAACAAGCUCAUGUCCCAGCUCCUCCCCACAGGCAUCAACAUCAGGCCUCACCUCAAGACCACCAAGUCGGCCACGCUCGCCCGCCGCCUCAACCAGGCCGGCGCCAAGGGCGGCUGCGUCGCCAAACUCUCCGAGGCCGAGGUCAUCUGCGCCAAGGGCUUCGACGACCUGCUCAUCACCUGCGUGAUUGUCGGGCCCGCCAAGGUGCGGCGGCUUGUCGAGCUGUUCCGGAAGCACCGGGCGCUGCGGAUCGUGGUGGACGACGCUGAUGCGGCGAGCGCCAUCGACGCGGCGCUCGGGGCGGCGGGGUUCGACGCCGCGAAGGAGGACGAAAGGCUGACGACGCUCGUGGACCUGGACGUCGGGCUGCACCGCACGGGCGUGCAGCCAGGCGAGCCCGCGCGGGCGCUGGCGGGCCACGUCGCGAGGCUCAAGCACCUCCGGCUCGUCGGCGUGCAGGGGUACGAGGGCCACAUCCAGCACGUGCACGGGCUGGAGGAGAGGAAGGCCAUGUGUCUCGAGUCCAUGGCCGUGCUGACGUCCACGGCGGAGGACCUGCGGCGGGAAGGGCACAACAUCGAGGUGGUCACGACCGGCGGGACCGGCACCGCCGAGUUCUGUGUCACCGUGCCCGGCGUCACCGAGGUGCAGCCCGGCUCGUUCCUGUUCAUGGACACUGACUACCGCAACGCGGUGGGGUCCUUUUAUGCCAACAGCCUGACCAUCCUGUCGACGGUCAUCAGCCGGCAGGGGCCCAAGAUCGUCACCAUCGACGCCGGGCUCAAGUCGCUGACGACGGACAGCGGGCUGGCGGAGCCCAAGGACCCUGGCUAUACGUAUGGUGUGUUGGGUGACGAGCACGGCUCGCUGGCGUGGGAGGACGACGGUCUUGGCCUCAAGGUGGGCGACCGGGUCGAGAUGGUGCCGAGUCAUAUCGAUCCUACCAUUAACCUCCACGAUGUCUAUUACGCCUACCGUAAGGGUGUCAUUGAGGAGAUCUGGACUGUCGAUGCAAGGGGGAAGGUCCAGUGA